GCGUCAUAAGGUCAACUGUUGACCUAUUUUUAAUACCACACUACAAUACACUUUGUAAAAUCCGAACGAGGAAGCAUAUCACUUAUCUAUGAAAAUGGCGAGCAGUAACAGCGGCGAUGUAAGCCUGGAAAUGAAUGAUGCUCGAAAUGAAACUUCAGAGGAAGGCCAAGAUACCACAACGAAUAAGAGGCCGACAAGUUUACGUAUGACCUCACAGUCUAGAGACGUUGUUGAUUUCAGACAACCAGUUCCAUCUCAAGACGAAGCUGAUGGACCACAGCGAAGCUCAUCCUUUAGAAAUCCAUUCGCUGACAGACAGAAGUUCGUCCGACGAUUAUGUGACGCCUCCUUGUUGGCCGCCAAUGUUUCACAACUCCGUGCUGUAUUAGAUGGAAGUCCGGCCGAAAACGAUUACUUUUGGCCACUGAUUAUUAUGAUCAGUUUGUCAAUUCUUUUGCACAUUGUGUUCGGAAUUCUAAUGAUUAAGAGGUGGGAAAAAGAAAGGGAGGCAGAAAUGGAGCACAGAAAAAAUAGCAGCUCGGUUGCAGGCACACCUACUUCUAACGCAAGCGUCUUAACAAAACAAGCAAAAGGAACUCUGUGUUUUUGUCCGCCAUGUUUAAGUGUAGAAAAAUGCGAUACAUAUAGCAUGUAUGUCAUGCUUUUUAUCGUCGUUUUGAAUGUUGGUAUUGCAGGAAUGGGACUAUCGGGACAAAGAAAGGUUAAAGAUGAAUAGAGGGACUCGAAUCGCCAAUAUGAUCAUCAUGAGAUUUACGAAACUGAAAUUUAAUAUUGUAGAUUUUAAAUCACCAAAUUUGCUACCGUCAAUUUUUAGGUCACUUGAGUAAUCUCGGGUGAGCUAUUGCGAUUGGUCUGUGUUCGUCGUCGUCCGUCGACCAUUAAUAAUAAUUGAAUAUUUUUAAUUUUGAAAACUACCAUUCCAAUUCUUUUCAAAUUUGAUAUGAAGCCUCUUUAGGACAAGGGGGAGGGGGAUAAAUUGUAAAUUUCAGGACUCUUGCACCCCUGGGACCUUGGGAGCAGGGCAAAAACUACCAAAAAUUUACCAAUUUUCAAAAUCUUUUUGACAACCACACAUAUGUAAGAAAACUAAUGCAUAGUGAUAUAAAGCUGGAAGGCAUUGACCAGAAUUGUAAAUUUCAUGAUCCCAGCGUAUAGAGCCUCUGACUCCAGGGCGGAGCCAAACUUGGUAGAUAGUAUUUAUAUGUAAAGUAUUUUUAAAAAGCAUCUUCUUUAAUGAUAUUGAUGUUAAAUUGAAACUAUAUGGAUAUUCAGAAUGAGGAGGUUGUCCUUUACCAAAAUUGUAAAUUUCACGAUCACAGGUUUUGGUAUCAGGGUGGGGCCAGAAUGGUCAGUGAUUGAAUGUAUUAACAAGAGAACCUUUUUAACUUUUUCUUUCUAACUACCAAUCCAUGUUUCUUCUUCAAAUUUUGAAUGAAGCAUCUUUGGGACAAGGGUGACAUAAAUUGUGAAUGUAUGGGCUUCUGUAACCCCGAGGCCGUAGGCUUAGGGUAAAAACUGCCAAACAUUGGCCAAACAUUCAAAUGACUUCUCUACGCAUGUGCAUCUGUAAGAAACACUAAAUGGAUAGUCCUACAAAGCAGGAAGGCUUCUACCAUGAUGCACGGGUAGAUUGUGUGGGGUGGGUGGGGGUGCGUGGGGGUAAAAAUUUGAAUAUUUUCUUUAAUGUUAUUGAUGCUAGUUAUUGUUCCAGGUUGGAACCAAAAUCAUUAAACUAGUAGUGAUUAUCUUCUUUUUCAUUUGAAAGAUUUCUUUAAUUUUACUGAAACGGUACAACAACUAAAUGCAUAUCUAGGAAAAUCAGAGAUGGGUCGUCCAAAAUUGUGAAUUUCGCGACCCCGGGAUUUUGACUCGAGGACAGGUCUAAAUUCUUCCUGUCGUGUUAAUGUUACAUAUAUUCUAUCAACUGUUUCAUCAAUGCAAGGUGAAGAUAACGAACAGUGAUCAAUCUCAUAACUCCUACAAGCAAUACAAAAUACAUAGUUGGGCAAACACGGACCCCUGGACACACCAGAGGUGGGAUCAGGUGCCUAGGAUGAGUAAGCAUCCCCUGUUGACCGGUCACACCCGCCGUGAGCCCUAUAUCCUCAUCAGGUAAACGGAGUUAUCCACAGUCAAAAUCAGUGUGCCAAGAACGGCUUAACAAUCGGUAUUAAACACGUCAGACAGCAUUUGACCCAAUACGAUGUUGUAUUGACGAACUAGAUCGUUAUCACGAUCAUAGAAUUUGCGAAAUGCUGACUUCAAUCGAGACUGUUGAAAUCCCUGUACCAUCAACUUGUUUGUCAGUAGCUUACCUCGAUUUAAAAACUGACUAUACCCAGAACAAGCUCUUGCAUAUCGAAUCAGUUGAGAUAUAUAAACACCAUAUGCAGGUGAUAAUGGAAUAUUGCUACACAAAUAUGGGAAGUUGACGAUGGAGAAGCUGAAAUCAUCCCGUUUGUCAUACAGUUGCGUUUUCAGUUUGCCGUUAAUGUCUACUUUCAAUAAUAUAUCUAAGUAUGAAGCAGAAAUGGACGACUCUGUGGUGUCCUUUAUUUCGAGCUCAUAUAAGCCCUUUCGGGUGGUAUUAAAGUUUUACGAACACAUCUUAUACUGUUGCUGACGAUUAGAAUUUAACUUAGAUAUGCAGGACAGAUUUUUUUUUAUAGAUUGCAUAGUCCAUGGGGCUAUUGAUGUAGAUUACACUCAUUGACCGAUAAGGCCUGUGGGCCUCUUGUUUCCAUACCCAUACCUUUUGAAUUUGGCAAAAUUUUACACGGCCCCAAAUUUGUAUUUCGUAUCCUCGUUUGGUACCAAAUUUAAUUCAUGUAGAUAAACAAUACACACAUAACAUCAUCAGCAUGUCUAUUAUUUAUAUAUAUUUAUAUACAAACACGUAUAUUCAUCAAUCAGCAUUCAAACCUAAUAGCUCUUCAAUGUACUAUGGUAAACUUAAGUUUUACUGGUAUUUCAAACAGAAUGUAUUUGUGUUUACAAAACCUUUUAAAAUCUAAACGAGUGGAUA